AUAUUGAUGCACGUAUUCGCUGCUCCAGAAAUGGAAAUAAUAGUAAGGAUCGUAAGCUUAUCACAGAAGUUUAUCAGCGCUAGAACAAGAGGAUGAGGGAGAGUGGUGGAGAAAUCAUUGGAAGUGGCAUAAUUUGCAAGGCACUAAGAACUGAUGAGGGGAAGGCUGAUAAAGAGUGUGGCCUUUCCGCUACCUCACCCAAUCAAAAUGGGAUUUCUGUGGCACAUACUGCACCUGUUCCUCACAAUCAUGAAUCCAUGGAUAUAGGCGAUUUACAAACUGUUUUGGCUUCAAAAGAGAAGGCUUUGACACAAAUUUCCCUUGACAUUCUUCUUCAUAAACGGGAGAAACUGUAUCAUCAACAACUUAAAAUAGGAGAUGAAAUGGCAUUAUGUGAUAAAAGUAUUCAAAGAAUCUUAGAAGGUGGGAAAGACAAUUUGCCUCUAAAACUAGAAACAGUACUGGACUUCUCUGAAGAAAUGCGCUUGAAGGAUAGAGCUGCUAUCCAAGAAGGCCAUCAACCUGACGAAGAGCUUGGCUUGCUUCAAUCUAUGAGUGAAAGGAAAUUGUCCAAAGCUGUACGCACUCCAAGACGUGCAUGCCAGGACUUGUAUCAAAUUUGUUGUGUGAAUAACUGGAUGGUUCCAUCAUAUAGUGAGUCAGCAACAGAUGAUUCAGAAUAGGUUGCUUACUGCUAACAGGCUGCUGCAGUGGAACAUUCAAGUUGAUCCUGUCUAUCAAAUGUGUCACGAUGGAAUUGAUACUAGAAAUCAUCUCUUUUUUGGGUGCAGUUUUCAAGUUUUAUCGAAAAGAUUAAUGACAUAGUUGCAGCUUCAAUGGCCAGUGAUUCAAACUUGGGAUUUGCAACAUCAAAUUUUCCUCAAAUGCAGCAAAGGCAAGUCCAGACAAGCUCACCUGAUUUGAAUGGUCUAUGUAGAGUAUAUCCAUGAUUUAUGGAAAGAGACGAACAAUAGGAUUUUUGAGAAAAAGGAAGAACAAGGGGAACGCAUUGCUAAAGAAAUUGCUUGCAUUUGCAAUAUUAGAGCUCUAUUAGUUGUGAAAUCUAGACUACUGCUGUAACACCUCGUACCUUCAAACUGAACUGUAUUCAUGAUUCAGAGGCCUAGAAAACCAAGACAUGGAGUUUUAGGAUUUAAUAUUCGAUUCUAGUCAGUGAAUUAAUGUUCUAGUCAAUUAUACGGGUUGUACAAUUUGUAAGGACCGUACAUGCCACUGUACAUUAUUGUACAGGACGUGCCUUACAAGAGAAAAAUCAUAGAUUUGGAAAUUUGCCACUCGAGGUAGGGCCACACUGUACAGGCUGUGCAUUAUUAUACGCGCCGUACAUGCUGACCGUACAUUUACUGACGCAGUAAACAGUAUAAAUACACAUUUCAAAUUUUUUAUUCUA